AUGCCGCGCUGCAAGGUCAGCCUCAGCACCAUGAUCUUCCUGGUCAUCCUGCAGGGGGCAGCAGUGGUGCUGUUCUGCGGCUGGUACGUCCAGCUCAGUCACUGCGGCGCCCAAGACCCCGACAAGAAGGUUCACGUCCUGCUGCUGUCGUCCUGGCGAUCAGGCUCCUCCUUCCUGGGUCAGGUGUUCAGCCAGCACCCGUCGGUCUUCUACCUCAUGGAGCCGUCGUGGCACGUGUGGUACAAACUGGAGCAGUCGGGGGCUCGGACCCUGCGGAUGGCGGUGAGGGAUCUGUACCGCAGCGUGUUCCAGUGCGACUUCUCCGUGAUGGAGGCGUAUCUCCCGGAGCAGUUCAACGUGUCCCACCUGUUCAUGUGGAGUCACAGUCGGGCGCUGUGCUCGCCGCCGGCCUGUCCUCUCACCAAACGCAACCAGUUCAGCAACCAGACGCAGUGUUUACAGAUGUGUGACGCCAGCGGCCUGCAGGGGGCGCAGGACGCCUGUGGCACCUACAGCCAUGUGGUGUUAAAGGAAGUGCGUUUCUUCGAGCUGGAAUCCCUCUACCCGCUGCUGCAGGACCCCAACUUAGAUCUGCGCAUCAUCCACCUGGUGCGAGACCCCCGGGCCGUGGUGCGCUCCCGAGAGGCGUCGUCCAAAGCCUUCGAGAGAGACAACGCCAUCGUCUUGGAGCAAAGGAACAUCCCAGCGGCGGAGGUGCAGUAUCAAGUCCUGCAGGAGAUCUGUCGAAGCCACGUGCGCAUCAACGAGAGGGCCACCCUGAAGCCCCCCCCGUUCCUGAAAGGCCGCUACAAGAUGGUGCGAUACGAGGACGUGGCACGCAACCCGCUGGAGGAAAUCAGCGCCUUGUACAACUUCAUCGGUCUGGAAAUGACCGAGCAGCUGGAGGAGUGGAUCUACAGAGUGACCCACGGGAAGAGGAAAGUCUCCAAGGAGGACGCCUUUACGAUCACGUCACGGAACGCCGCUGACAUCUCCCAGGCGUGGAGAACCGUGCUGCCGUACAGCAAGGUCAAACGCGUCCAGGAAGUGUGUAAAGGCGCCAUGUCGUUGCUCGGGUAUCGGCCAGUCGACAGUGAGAAAGAGCAAAAGCAACUGGACAUAAAUCUGCUGGUGCCAGAGGAGCCGUAUCAGUUCAGCUGGUUACCGGCCAAAACAACACGUCCGGGCAGCAGUUAGAAACCGAGAGGACACAGGACUGAGGUGGACAGACGGGACAGACACUACUGACUUCAUGAGUCCACACACGUGAUGGGUUGUGAUGAACUGAGAGGAUUCAGCACAACAGCAUCGUGUGACUUUACAUUUUAUAAAGAACUCAAAACAGAGGGGCUGA